AUGCCUUAUCGGCCACCUACACCGCCACCACAAUUUUUAGUACCCCAAGCUAAUCAAUCAGCAAUUUCACCUCCCAUGGUGAAUAAUGCUCAAAGGAGGGGUAAUAAUCAACCAAGGACUCUAGUUUCGAUCCCUAUGACCUACACUGAACUGCUACCACAUCUGGUUCAAAAUGCUCUAAUUGAGCCUCUUCCUAUAAAGCAUGUCCAACCUCCAUAUCCAAGAGGUUUUGAUUCAAAUGCCAAAUGUGAAUAUCAUGCUGGGGCAAUAGGCCAUUCAACUGAGAAAUGUUGGGGUUUGAAACACAAGGUACAAGACUUGAUAGAUGCAGGAUUAUUAAGCUUUAAGGAAAGUGAGCCGAAUGUAAGAAGUAAUCCACUUCCAGGUCAUGGGACUUCAUCGAUUAAUGCUAUCAAAGAAGAAUGCACUCCACAAGUGACAGAAGUAGAAAAGAUCCAAACCCCCAUGAGAUUCAUUUUUUCAAAAUUAUGCAAAUAUGGGAUGAUUAAGAGAGAGUCUCGCAAAGCAGGAGUGUGCGAUCUCCACCCUACAGCCACACAUUCUAUUGAGGAAUGUGGCACGUUCAAGGAAAUAUUACAAGGCAUGAUUAACUCAAAUUUGGUUCAGGUGAGCCAGGUGAGAACAAAAGAGGAUGUAUUGAUGAUUCAAUCAAAUGAGAAGUCCAAUAUGACUACUCCAAAACCACUGGUAAUCACCUUCACAAAAAACACUUUUGCAUCAACACCUAGUACCCUUAAGCCACUUGUUGUGCAAAUUCCAGCUCCUUUUCAUUACAAGGACACUAAGGCGGUUCCAUGGUGUUACGAAGCGAAGGUAGAAAGUGACUAUGUAAAUGCCCAACAAAAAGAAGGAAUUGACACUACAGGAACCAAUGUAACAAAUAUCGUGGGGGUAGGUGGAAUGACCCGUAGUGGUAGAGUCUAUACUCCAGAAGAAUUGAGAGCAGGAGAUUUGAUAAAUAAACAUGGGAAAAAGGAAAAUACAAUCAUCAAUGAAGGGGUUACGGAUGUUAAAAGGAGAAAUGAUGAAAAAAUCAUGGGUGAAAAGAAAAAAAAGUGUCAGAUGAAGAAGUCUCAGAAUUUCUUAAGUUUAUUCGACAAAAUCUUGAAUGAAGCUCAUGUGUCCAAUGACAUCACAUUAGACACAUUUGGCGGCAUAGUUGGUAACAUUACAGCUAAUAACCACCUCACUUUCACAGAUGAUGAAGUCCCAGCUGAAGGAAGGGGACAUAACAAGGCUUUACACAUCUCUGUGAAAUGCGCAAAUCACAUUUUGGCUAGAGUACUUAUCGAUAAUGGGUCCUCAUUAAAUGUGAUGCCCAAGUCAACACUGGAUCGAUUGCCUUGUGAUGGGACACAUAUGAAACCAAGUUCUAUGAUCGUGAGGGCCUUUGAUGGAUCACGAAGGGAAGUUAUGGGAGAAAUUGAAAUACCUGUCCAAAUUGGCCCAUUCACCUUCAACAUAACUUUUCAAGUUAUGGAUAUUAAACCUGCAUACAGUUGUUUGUUGGGAAGACCAUGGAUCCAUUCAGCUGGGGUUGUUCCCUCUUCUUUACAUCAGAAGCUGAAAUUCAUUGUGGAAGACAAGCUAGUGAUUGUCUCAGGAGAGGAAGACAUGUUGGUGAGUUGUCCUACUCCUACUCAUUAUAUUGAAGCAGCUGAGGAGGCUUUGGAAACCUCAUUUUAG